CGCCGACGAGUCGGAGGGAUUUUUGAAGAUGGCGGCCGACUUGAGCGUGGUGGGGCUUGUGGAAGAGUUCGUGGUCGGGCAGCACGACGCGCCGGCCAAGGAUCUAGCGACAGGUGUCAUCGACGGGAAAUGCACUGCACUGGAAAUUGUCGAGGCAUUAGGAGCAAGUUUAACAAAUUCGGAGCCACGAACAAGAGGUCGAGGGGUGCACCUCCUGUCCCAGGUUCUGCUGCUGUCUUAUUCUACCCUCGGUCAAAAAGAAGUGGAGGUACUGAUUAUCUUCUAUGUCGAUCGAUUGAAGGACCAUCACCUCAUUACCCCUUAUGUACUGCAAGGAUUGAAAGCUCUGAGUAUGAGUUCUGUGAUGCCAGAAGGGUUGGCGGUGAUGGUUUUGAAAGCAUUGUUCCAGGAGCUACAUGUUCAGUCACUAUUACAGUCUGACAGGCAUUCAGUAUACAGCAUAAUCACCAAUUUCAUGGACAACAGAGAGCAAGAGCUGAAGGGUCUGGGAGCGGAUUUCACAUUUGGUUUUAUUCAAGCGAUGGAUGGAGAGAAGGACCCAAGGAAUUUACUAAUGGCCUUUCUGAUCUCCAGAGACCUCAUCGUAAAUGAUUACGACCUUGGGUCCUUUGUGGAGGAACUCUUUGAAAUCACUUCAUGCUAUUUUCCAGUUGAUUUCACACCGCCUUCGACUGACCCACACGGAAUAUCUCAAGAUGAUCUGGUGCUGAGCCUGAGAUCUGUUCUUACUGCGACACCUCGGUUUGCAGAGUUCCUAUUGCCACUUCUGGUGGAGAAGCUGGAUUCAGAUGUUCAGAACGCAAAGGUGGAUUCCCUUCAAACUCUGAUGGCAUGCUGCAAAGACUACAGGACAAAAGAUCUGAAAGAAUUCCUACCAGCUCUUUGGCAUUCCAUACGCAGAGAGGUCUUUCAGACAGCAGUUGAAAAAGUCGAGACUGAAGGUCUAGCUGCUCUCCAGGCAAUCGCGACCUCCCUGUCCAAGUCUGUGAUUGAUUCAGAUGCAGAGGAUAGCCUGGAUACUUUCCUUAGCAAUGUUCUACAAGACUGCGAGCAUCACUUGUGUGAACCGGACAUGAAACUUGUUUGGCCAAGUGCCAAACUUCUUCAAGCAGCGGCGAGUGCUUCCUACAGGGCAUGGUGCAAGAUUACCAGCUGCAUCUUCCCUCUGCUCUUGGAGCAAUUCAACAAGCAUAAACAGAGUAGCCAACGUUGGACGAUCUUGGGAAUUCUGAAGAUUUUUAUUAAACUUGCUGACAAUUGGAGCAGAGAUGAGGAAGAUGAGAAUUCUCUCUGUGCCUUUAAGGAUCAACUCUGUGGCCUGGUCUUCUCUGCACUGACCGACUCCAAUGCCCAAUUACAGACUGUGGGCACCAGCACUUUGGCAGUCCUGGGAUCCCAGCAAGGUUUGCUGUCGCCCUCCGACAUUGAGCUAAGCGUAGAUCACUUGAACAGACUGAUCCUUCAGGAGGACAACCCACAGGUUUGUGCUGCAGCGUUGGAAGCCUCUGCGUCCAUAUCUGCAAUUCAUCCCUCUGCCUUCAUCAGCAAAAUGGUUCCAGCAUUGACAAGAGAGCUGAGCACUGAGCCCAUGGAAACGAAGGACGACAUGGAGCAACCUGCACUGACCAGGCACGUUAUGCACCAGCGCAGUGUGCGGGCUCUGGCAGCCAUCUCCACCCAUCCCAGCGUCGUGCAGAAAACCGUCCCGGUCCUGUUGAAGCAUCUGACCGAUUUACAGAAAGAGAGUGCCGACUCCAAGGGAGACGUCGCCAUCCUGACGUGCCAGAGCCUGCAGCUGGUGGUGGAGCAGUGCAAGGAUGCCGGUGACAGCAGCCAGUACUUCCACCAAAUGGUCGUUCCCUGCCUGCUGGGGCUGGCAGUCCAGGCAUCGAUCCAAGCCUCUGCUGUAGGAUGUGGUUCUGAAGUCCCACUGGGGGUCUUGUGUGAAGAAAAGGUCAUUGCAGCACUGGGGACUGUGAUCAGUACUGCCUACAGUCACAGACAAACAGAGCUGGUUUCGAGAACAAUCUCGCAGGUCGUUGCCUUGUUUCUUGACGGGAAUGACUCCUUCUUGCCUGAAAAUAACCUCAGUGGAAAGUUCCACCCUUUUCAUAUUCCCAGCCCCCCGUGGCCACAGACCCAGUUAAUCACUCUUCUGCAAGCAGCUGUUUGUUCUUUGCCCAAGAAUGUGGUGGUGCCUCAACAAGAGAGGCUGUUGGCCCAGCUGAUCGAGCUGUGUUGUACCAGCAACCACCAGUUCACCUACACCUCAGCUGCCAAAUGUGUCGCUGGCCUUAUCAACAAGUAUCCCGCAGGUGAACAGUUGGACGGUGUCUUGCGAGACGUGCUGAAGAAGAUGGACAAUGAGCUCCAGAGGAACGGCGGUGACUGCUCUCAGCCGAGCAGCCGGACACGGAUUUUCACCUUGUUGCUCUGGCUAACUAAAUCCCUUGUCUUACGAUAUCAUCCUGUGGCUGCCGCACUGACUGAUAAGUUGAUGGCGCUGCUCACCGACCCCGAGCUGGGAGCAGAGGCUGCAGACGGGUUCUUCCUGCUGGUCAGCGACUCGGCGGAUGUGCUGAACAAGGCCACUCACGCCGACGUGCGCAUCAUGUACCGACAGCGCUUCUUCACCGAGAACGUCUCCAAAUUAGUUCAGGGUUUCCACGCGGCCGGUAAAGAUAACAAGUCGAACUACCUGAAGGCGCUCUCCCAUGUGUUGAACAGCUUGCCGAAGCAAGUUCUGCUGACACAGCUUCCAUCGUUGCUGACGUUGUUGCUGGAGGCCUUGUCCUGCCCAGACCAGGUGGUCCAGUUGUCCACUCUUGGAUGCCUACAUCCUCUGCUGCUGGAAGCCCCACACAUUAUGGGUUUGCACAUAGAGACGCUGGUGAGCAAGCUGCUCCAUCUGACCACGAGCCCUGCCAUGAAAGUCCGCAUUUCCUCUUUGCAGUGUGUGCAUGCACUGACGAAACUGCCCUCGCACGUGAUUCUUCCCCACAAGGCCCGUGUGAUCCAAGCUCUGGCCAAACCCUUGGACGACAAGAAGAGGCUGGUGAGGAGGGAGGCGGUCGUAGCGCGGGGAGAGUGGUUUCUUCUUGGGAGCCCGGGCAGGUGAUGUUCGCCCCGACCAACUGAUCUGAGAGAGGACAGGGACAAUCAGCUGAAACACAGCCUUUUCCCCCCAUGUUUACAGCCAGAAACCUGUUCGACGCAACGUUCAAAACCAGAGGGAAAUUGAACCAUCUCUCACAGUGACUGACGCUUAACCGAUUGUUUAAUAAACUUAUUACAAAGCACAUUUUUCAUCGAGCCCUGUGGGCUAUCGAUGGCCAGUGUUAGGAGUAGGAUGUAAAGAAGCAACCUCGUGAUCUCUGAGCAACUCACUUUGAUUGUUUCAGUCAUCGACCAAGAACCGGAGAGGAAAAAAGCCAGCACACUUCAGGGCAGCCUCAUCAAGCACUUGGGCCAUUGCCUAAUCAGAGCCGAUAGAUAAAUCGACACCGGAGCUGUAUCGGGAAGGACCAUGCCCUAUAUCAGCAAUUCCAGGAGGGUUGGAAUAACGUCUUUGGAACAAUGGAUACCUGGGAGGCAGUUACAGGCAGCAUGCUAAUCAUUGUUUUUAUAUUUAGAUCAGUGAGCAGCACAGUGGCGCAGCUGGUCGAGCCGCUGCCUCGCGGCGCCCGUGACCUGGGUUCAAUCGUGACCUCAGGUGCUGUCUGUGUGUGGAGUUUGAAUGUUCUCCCCAUGACUGCGUGGGUUUCCUUCGGGUGCUCCGUUUUCCUCCCACGUCUCAAAGAUGUGCGGUUUGCUGGUUAUUUAGCCCUCUGUAAAUCGCCCCUAGUGUGCAGGGAGUGGAUGAGAAAGUGGGAUAAUGUAGAACCAGUGUGAAUGGGUGAUCGAUGGUCGUUGUAGACUUGGUGAGCCGAAGGGCCUAUUUCCAUGCUGUAUCUCUGAUAUAAAAAGAGAAAUCCUAGCAGUGAGACUGAAAUCGAGUGAAAGUGAGAGACUUUGAAAUCCGGGUGCUGAACUUGCUUGGUUUAACUUGCUGGUCGCUUCCAGCAAUGUUGAUCAUGAAGACUUGGAUGGGUGCACGGUUAGGAGUGACCGUGGUGUUCCAGCGUGUAAUACAGGGGGUUGCUGCUUGGUUGAAGCUGCUUUGUGUUGGCCGCUACUCUUUACGACAGCGGUGUUUAUUACUGUGAGUGAGCAAGGUGUGAAGUGCGAACAAGCAGAGUUUGUGCUGGACAGAAGGUUUGUCAGUCAGGCUGCAUAUACAGAUGACAACACCUCCAACCAGAGUGGAAGGGUCCUGGCCCAAAGCAUUGCCUCUCCCAUUCCCUCCACAGAUGCUGCCUGACCUGAUGAGUUCCUCCAGCACUUUGUGGAUGUUACAGAAUUACUGCCAGCACCGUACAGAUACUAGGCAGUAUCUAGAUUAGUUAAAGGGUGCCCUUCAGACCAUUUGUAACUGUGUUCCAGAGGCUGUUGGCUUGUAUUUUCCAGUGGUCUGCUGGCUUGCAGCAGGGAAGGUCGUGUCCAAGGAAGGAUUCCUUGGUCUGCUCCUCGUCCCAGGGAGGGCCCUUGCUCAACGCUUGCUUCCACGUUUGACUGGUAUAGUUACAGCCUGCUCUGUGCAGUGAGCUUCUUCUCCAGAGAAGAAAAGAGGUGGUGUGACUAACUGGGUUCCAGCUAUCUAGUUCACAGAAUGGAUGUGAUUUGUAGUUGGCUGCACAGCUGAUGUGAAUUUAACUUUCAACUGGAGGAAUAAUGAACAUUAUGAAAAUUAAAGAUGGGUUUCCCCCAAAGGAUAUACUUUAAUAAAGACUGCCAGUGUUAAACGAUG